UAAUCGGGAUUAAUCGGAUAAGUUUGCUCCCUCACUCAAAUUAGAUCUAAAUCACACUAUUCACUGCAGUGGAGUGCAUGCGCACAAUUGCCACCGCGUUCCAGUGAAUGGCAUUAUGGAGAUAUGCCAUCUCUACUAGUAGUAUAAAGGACUGAAGUAGAUGUGCUAAACUGACCUUGCCCCCGCUCUCUAAAGCAUUAUAGCACCACAAGUCGACAUCGGUCAUACAGUCAUGUCUUCAAACUCUAUAACUGAAAAAGAGGGCCCAAGGGACAACUACUACGUCCAGACUGUCAACAUGGACGCCCAAGCACCCCCUGCAGCACAGAUGCAGCCCUUCCAGAGGACGUAUGGUAACCCUGUACCCUUGGGCAUGCUAGCUUACGGGACCGUCUUGCUGUGCUCGUCAAUAUUGACGCUUGCCUCCAAGGAUGUUGGUCAACCCAACCUGGUUAUGGUUUUCGCCACCUUCUUCGGUGGUAUCUCUCAAACAAUUGUGGGCAUGUGGGAGAUGUUCCUUGGUAACACGUUCACGGCAACAGUCUUCGGCACCUACGGAGGUUUCAAUUUUUCUUUUGGUGCUAUCUACCUGCCUCAACUAGGCCUUGCGGCCGCAUACACCGUUGACGGUGUUCUCGGACAGGAGUUUUACAACGCCAUCGGGAUCUACCUCGCCAUCUGGGACUUGAUCACGUUCCUCUUCCUCCUUGGCGCGAUCCGUACAACUUUCCCUAUCGUUAUAACACUCGCAUUUACCGUUUGCGCGCUCACUUGUCUUUCCCUAAAUGCCUUUACCGGCAACCCACACUUGGCAACUGCGGGUGGUGCCCUUGGUGUCAUCGCUUCCUUCGGUGCAUACUACGGUGCUCUCGCGCUCUUCUGGACCCAACAAACCACGUACUCGUUUAUUCGCCUCCCCGCUCUCGUCAUAGGCCCUUCCAAUGUAUAAGUACUGAGCUGUUAGUCCUCAGUCAAUCGCUCUUUCUUUCCUUCAGUUCUCAAUCUCAACUACAUCCCCAGUAUUGAUAUGUUAUUUUGUUUGUAUUAGAUUCUACCUGUUCAGCUGUAGAGUGGAGCGAAAUACAACUAUUUGGCAGUGCCAGCUUUGUUUCCGGGUUGAUCAUACUAGCAUCAUGCACAUGGGAGUCACGCAAAUUGUUUCCGCGGAAACAGAUGUUCC